UUCCACAAAGUUCUGGACUGGCGUAGAGCCUAGCUUCUAUACAUGCGAACCUCCUGGAAGCUACCAGCUAUGCUUUUAUGCUAUAUCCCUCUAGAACUUUCUCUCCAUUCUUCUUCUUCACCUAUAAAAAUGCCAUCACCACCACCUCCUCUUUCAAACCAAAAAAUUAAAAUUAUCUAGUUCCAAAACACAAUUUUAGCAUCCUUUUCUUCUUCAAUCAAGAAAUUAAAAUAUGGAUUUGAGAAUCAUGGGUUUGGAAUCAUCCCCACUGUUGUCAACCCUGCAGCAGAUGAUGGAGCUGAGCGACGACAAGUCUUCUUCGGCAUCCUUGAACGGCCCGAGUCGCACGUACGUCCGCGACGCCAAGGCGAUGGCGGCCACUCCGGCAGAUGUGAAGGAGUACCCCAACUCCUACGUGUUCGUGGUGGACAUGCCUGGGUUGAAGUCUGGGGACAUUAAGGUGCAGGUGGAGGACGACAAUGUGCUUUUGAUAAGUGGCGAGAGGAAGAGGGAGGAAGAGAAAGAGGGGACCAAGUACCUGAGGAUGGAGAGGAGGAUUGGCAAGCUCAUGAGGAAGUUUGUGCUCCCUGACAAUGCCAACACAGAAGCUAUCUCUGCGGUAUGCCAGGAUGGUGUGCUCACUGUUACUGUCAACAAGUUGCCACCUCCAGAACCCAAGAAGCCCAAGACUAUCGAGGUUAAGAUUGCUUAAUUAUUACUCCAUCAUAAUGGGACUUCUUCGUCUGUCUAUCAUAUCAUAUCAUAUGGGAGAAUAAAUCAAUCCAGUCUCUGUUUGUUUGCUUUUGUUUAGAUGUGUGUCUUGUUAUGCUUGUAUUUGUGCUUACAUUCUGUUGUUAGGAAUGAAUGAAGCAUGUGUGCUAUGUUAUCUUCUUCUGUAUUUUUUUUUUUUUUUUGGCUGAAAUAUGUACUGUUAUCUUCUUGUAAUGAGAAUUGCAUGAGUUUUUCAGCAA